AUGCCUCGAGACAAAGAGGCGGCAGAUGUGGGCGCUCUAAAAGGAUUAGUGAUGAAUUCGAAAAGAUCGGCAUCUGUCUUGAGUUCAGAUGUCACGCCCAAGUCACAAAAGCGGCCCAGGGUCCAACCCUCAGAUGAUCCAUCGAAUACUAGAUCAUCCGCUGAUGUUAGUCGCAGUAUGGCCAAGGCCUGCAACAAUUCUCGUCUCCUUCUCUUACAAAGUAUUGUCCGGGAGAUAUCGACCAAUCCCGGUCUCACGAGCGCUGAGCCAGAACUCGCGAAGGCAAUUUCGAGAUUAAAUGACAUAUUUCAUGGGGCAAAAAACCCACGGCUUUCCACAGAAUCCCCUAUGGCUGAUGAACUCCCAAAACCACACCACUCAAACAGCAGUUCAAAGGAGCCCAAGGGAUCAUCUAGCCCUUUGGUACCCCCUAUCAUGGAUGAUAAGCUAGAAUUCGCCGUUUUUACCCACCCAGCUCUUAGCAACAACAAGAACAACAACGCGAGCUACGACCGGCUUGAGAUUCUAGGCGACGCAUACAUUGAACUGAUGGCAACCAAGCUCGUCUGGGAACGCUUUCCAGACUUACCGGCAGGUCGGAUAUCACAGAUUCGGGAGAUUCUCGUCAAGAACGAGACUCUCUCCGGCUUCACAGAAAUCUGUGGUUUUGACUCUAAGGUUUCGGUACCAUCAACCUACAAUACCCCGUCCAAGCGCUGGACCAAAAUCAAGGGUGAUGUUUUCGAAGCCUACGUGGCUGCAAUCAUACUCUCCGAUCCUGUUUGUGGCUAUGAGAGAGCCGAGCAGUGGUUGGUGGACCUGUGGAUGCCGAUAAUUAAGGACCUGGGGCACCAGAAAGGAGAAUUGCGCUCCAAGGAGACACUUGCUAAGAAGAUCAUGGGGAAAAAUGUCAAACUUGAGUACAUCGAGGAGCGUCCAUCGACCCAGCAGAAAGGUGGCACACAGACUUUUUCCAUUGCUUUAUAUCUGACUGGGUGGGGAUGGGUCAAACGGUAUCUAGGUUCAGGUCAGGGCUUGAGUAAAGCAGCUGCAGGUGAUGAGGCAGCUAAAGGAGUUUUGUUGAAUACUCCUCUGGUUCUUGAAAUAAUGUCAGUGAAAGAAUCAUGGGAAUCUAAAACUUGA